AUGACCACCGCUGUCGCUAAUCCCCCGGUCCCGGCCCAACAUGCCGCCCCUUCUUCGGCCGACGCCGUGGGCUCGUCGAGGACAUAUGCUCCCAUUGCGCCCUCGACUGCCUCUCCCCACGCUGUGACGCCCAACUCUCGCGCCUCUAAACUUCCCUCCGACAAUGCUUCACCUACCUCCUCCAGUGAUGGCACCCAGUUUAGAGCCGAGGCCAAGCGCUCACCUCUUUCAUCUCGUGGCCCGGCUCCCAAGAUUGUCGUCAAAAAGGAGCCUGCCUCGCCCGACAUGCCCACCACGACACGACACCGACCCCAACGAUUAAACCUGACGAACCACAACAUCGUUCACUCGUCGGGUGCCCUCACCGCGCGCCCGUCUGGACCCGGUAGCGGUCAUGUCCAAGACAUGGGCCUCGCCUGUCUUUCCCCCGGCUUUCACACCCAAGACCCCACGAUGCGUGAGCAACUGCAAAGAAGUUUGGAUGUGAGGGAGCGUCAGCGGCAAAUCAUCAAGGCACGGCAAAAGCACGGCAAGAGCGGUCCACCGGAUAACGAGGAAUCAAGGGGCACCGAAAUGGGCGCCUUUGGCAGGACGAUCAAGACGCCACAGACGUCUCGCAAAAAGGGCCCACCGCCGGGCCUCAGAAUCGCUCCUCCUGCCCAUCAACAGUUUUUCCAGUGA